AUGUGGCUUUGGUUCGUUUUUGUCGCCGCGGCUGCGGUGCUGUCGGGCGUCGAGAGCGCAGGCGCCGGCGCCGCCCGCCUUGUCUGUUAUGUGGAAAGCGCGCGCGCGACCGACGGAUUUUCCGAGUGCACACAUCUCGUUUACGCGGGCGACGCGAGAGGAGAUAAACUCGACACUUUGCUGAAGGAAUACAAGAAAAGCAAUCCCCGGCUGAAAAUUAUAUUGAGAAUCUCGGAGGUUGACAAGGAUCUCCGCAGCCUUCUAAAGUCGAAACACGUACAAGGACUUGAGAUCUACGAUGCUCACAAGUCUCUCAACAGAACCAAGGUCCUGGAGACAGUGGAGGCAGCUCGUACUGCCAUCAGCUCCUCAGGAGGUGGCCCAUUAUUCAUGGCACUCCCCGCCCACCCUGAACUCUUGGCCAAGUACUACGACCUGAGAACGCUGGUGAAGAAGGUGGAUCUCUUGAUGGUGCAGACCCAUGCUUUGGGUUUGGUGAAGAAGAUGACCUACCAUCCUAGUAGACUGAGCGGCAUGUGGGACAUGAUGAACACCGACUCCGUGGUAGACCUCGUCAUCGGCCUCGGCGUGCCAUCAUCGAAGAUUGUCAUAAGCUUGCCAGCGACUGCUCGUCAGUUCACCCUGGUCAACGAAACCCUCAGUACUCCUGGCAGCCCCACAGAAGAUGAUGACCCUAAGGAAAUCGACCAGGCUGAACUCUGCAGGCAGCUCAGAUCAGGACGGUGGACCUUGGAACGAGACCAGGAUCUGUCAGCGCCUUAUGCUUUUAAGAACAAAACCUGGAUCUCCUUCGAGGACUCCUCCUCAAUUGACGUGAAGGGCAAGUACGCCAGGGUCCGUGGCCUGGCUGGCCUGGCCCUGCACCAAGCUGAACGUGACGUGGAGUCAUUAGAACACGAGAUUCUGUCAGCUCCUGGUCAUGUUCGCGCUCUGGACGCUUUGCAGGUUUCGCCCUACAGAAUCACACAGGUCGUCGACUCUGACGGUGUCAUACACUCCAUUAGAGAGGACACUCGCACUGAGUUCACUUGCUCUCGCCAAGGAUACUUCGUGCACCCUCGCUCCUGCGCCCGCUUCUACCGCUGCGUCAAGUUCGACCAGCUUUCACCCGAAUAUACCGUGUUCGAAUUCGACUGUCCCGCGGGAUUGGCUUUCGACAACCGCUACGAGGUGUGUGUAUGGCCAGGCAGCCUGCCACACUCACAAGCCUGCCCUGGAUCCUCUGAGAUUGCUCCCGUACCAAAGACCAGGUUCAUCUGUCCUGAGCAUGAAGCAUACGAGUUCCGUUGUCCUUUCGGUCUCGGAUUCGACGCUGAACGACUGAAGUGUGACUGGCCGUGGUUAGUACCAGCCUGCGGUAACAUCGCCAGAUAUGAGGCUGAGACGUAUGGUUUCUCUGCUGCUACUCUUACUGGUGCAGCAGGCUAUCACGGUCAAACCGCAGAUGCUAUUAACGUAGCCGCCCACCAGAGCCUCAUCUCCGGCGCAUCUCUCAACAACCAUGUCGGCAUCCAAGGAGGAUUCCUUACCAGUGACGACGCAUUGAACUCUAACUUCAUCGCUUCCCAAGAACUAGCUAACGCUGGACAUUCUUAUGAAAUAGGGCAUGGUUCUGCUCAUAUUGACAAUGGGUUAGCUUAUCAAGUAGGUGACGCUGGAUUUACUCAUGCCGGUUUGGUCCAACCGACUCAAUAUAGAGAACAACCUCAAUAUUCCAGUGGUUCCAUUAUCUUGGAUGACUACAGACUACCUACUAAAGAGGAAUCUCAAAGGCAAGCUGCUCAUAAAAUUAACAUUGCUCAGAAUAUUAAUUCUGAAAAUGGAUAUCAGCAAUCAGGACAAACUUCUGGCUAUUCCACCCAGACUGGACACAGCACUGGAUAUGCAGCUCAUGGUUCCGGUCAUGCUGCGGGAUACACCGUCCAAGCUGGAGGAAAUACUGCUCAAUACAAUGGAUACACGGGCUCCUAUACCACAGGAAACACUAAAAAGUACCAAAGUUCAAGUUAUGAUGACAAUAAUUCAGGAGCUUACAUUCAUGAUCCUUCAGGAGACUACGCGGAACCCUAUAGACACAUUGACUCACCCGUUGAACCCUACGUCCAUGAAGAUGCUGCUUACAAACAGUCUGGAGAUUAUUAUGAUUAUGGAAAAUAUGCAGGAUCAUCUCAAAGCGGUUAUGAAGGUAAAUACACUGAAGAUAACACUGGAAAAUAUGUUCAGGAUAAUUCUGGAGCAUACGUGGAAGCAAAUAUUGGAAGUGGUUACAAAGGAGGCUAUUCUUCUGGGUACUCUGUUGGUUAUAACGCUGAUAACUCUGGAGCAUACAAACACGACAAUUCUGGACAAUAUGAAGCUGGAGUAUAUAGAGCGGAUGGCCACAUCGGUGAAGGUAAAGCUACGAAUCAAUUUAAUUCCCAACAAUACCACGGAUACAGCGAAGCGAAUGCUGGAAACUAUAUCAGUGACUCUAAGGCUUACACUGGUUUAUCUCACACUUUAACCGCAGGAGCUAUCAAUGUUGGAUUAGUUGGUAAGACAACACUAAUCGACGCCGAUUAUAACAACCAAGUGAAUUACUAUGCAACGGAUUCUAAAACCUCAGGGGAAGGCAACUAUCAAGGAUCAAAAUCUUACAGUCACUCUACGCAAACAUUACACCCAGCUCAUGUUUCAUUGGUGUCUCAACCAGCUGUUGCCAUAAAUCAUGUUGGCACUGAUGGUAACAACCUUGACGGAUACAGCUACGUGACAACUCCAACUUCUUCUGGAGUCCCAACCACUGCCACUCCGUUCGCAGUUACAACAUCGAUCCCAACGGUGACGUAUAAAACUACCUUCGUUCCCGAAGCACCUAAGACAAGCGUUAAGCAAAUAUUUGGUGUUUCUCAACCAUCUGUAACCUAUGUGCAGCCAACAGCGAUCGCUGUCAAACAAGUCACUCCUCAGGUAAUUGUUACUGAUCACAAUCAAGGUGUAAACUUCCAGCACGAAAGCAACGAUUACUUGGGCAGUUACAACAGUGAAACGAAAGUUGAUUCUGGUUACGAAUAUUCUAAACCUAGCAUUAAGUUUGAAGAUGGUAUCUCCUACACUACAGCAGCGCCAGCUAUAUCUGUAUCUACGUACCAACCCGAAAGUGUUAGCCAUAAUCAACAAACCGUUCAUAAUGUUGAAUCUGUUGGCUUUGGUUAUUCCACUCCUACACCCGUUUAUGAAGAGCCUUUCAAGAAGGUCGUAGCUUAUACAACUGGACCAUCAGUAUCUACAUAUUCUCAACCAACCGCUGCCACGUACACUCCACAGUCUUACAGUCAUCAGACUAUCCAUAAAGUAGAAGCUAGCAAAGUUUAUACUCCUUCUGUUGAAUCUGCAUCGAUUGAAACUGGUUAUGACUACUCAAAAUCUGGAGUCACUUUCGAGGAACCUAAAGUGGUUCAGUACACGACAGCACAACCGGCACUGGCAGUUCAGCCUAUUGUAUCAACGUACCAGCCACAAGUUGUUAGUCACCAAACUCUCCACAAAGUGGACGCAAACCGUGUCAACACCUACUCUGGAGAAUCUUCGUCGGGAAUAUCAGGAUACACUUACGAGCAACCUUCUAUUCAAUUUGAGGAAGUAAAUAACGUGUACUCAACUCCUGCACCGAUCGUCUCUUCAACAUACAGUCCUAAGAAGGCAACUCCUGUUGCUUUCGUCGAACCUGCUUAUAAAUCUCAAUCAUUCAGCCAGCAAACAAUACACAAGGUGGAAGACAACAAAACUUACAAUAUCGAUUCAGGAUAUGAAUACUCUAAGCCUGCAGUAGCUGUGAAUGAACAAGUUCGUUAUACCACAGUGAAACCUUCCGUUUCAACCUAUGAACCUCAAGAAUUCGGUCAAACCUUGCACACCGUCGAUGCUAGUCAAGUUCAGACAUACAACCAAGGAGAUGGUUACGUGUACAACAAGCCCGCUGUGAAAUUCGUGGAGGAACCUAAAGCUGUAUUCCAAUACUCUACUCCAUCACCAAUUGUGUCUUCUACAUACAGACCACAGACGUAUAGUCAUCAAACUAUUCAUAAGGUGGAAAGCCAAAACUAUGUUCCAGUUUCUUCCACACCUGCUCCUAAAGUUGAAUUAUCUUACCAACAAGCCGUUUCAACAUAUGAAAAUCCAAUUCUUAAGUACACACAGAAGGAGACUCCAGUAACGUACGUACAGCCCACAGCGGCAGUAUAUACGCAGACGUAUAAGCCAAUCAUUCAGCAACACGAAGUGAAACACAUUGUCAGCCAGCCUGUACAAUAUGAACAACAGCAGGUACACUUCAGUCAAGAAGGAUAUUCGUAUAGCCAGCCCGAAAUCCAAAGAAAUAUCGAGUCCAAAGGUUAUUCUGACGCGAGUGCAGUAUCUCACCAAGUCUAUCAUCAAUCCAAUGUAAACCACAAUUACAAUUCUGGGAAAGAUAUUGUACAUGUGACGACUUCACCUGCGACUCUUAUCUACGAGAAUCAUUACGCUGAUAUUGAGUCACCAAAAGUAGAAACAUACCAGGCUCCUGAGUACAUUCCACCAAAGAAUGACUACAAAUCCUACUCAGUUUCUACCGCUUCAGCACCUGUUGUCCAUCAGAGCUCUAUCGUUCAUCAAACUCAAGGAUACGUAGCUCCUAAAGUAGAAUACCAAUCAUACUCUAUUGGAUCGACAGCCUCCACACCCAUCGUUCAACAGAACUCAGUUGUACACUCAGGUCAGGAGUAUGACACUUCAAAGACGAAUUACAAAUCUUAUUCUGUCAGUUCAACUGCAUCAGCCCCAGUUGUUCACCAAAGCUCCGUAAUUCACAAAGCUCAACAAUACGUAUCUCCUCAGACUUAUUCUGUAUCUUCAGAGUCAACUCCGAUUGAUCAACAAAGCGCCGUCUUCUACCAAAGUCAAGACAACUACGAUUACUCGCAACAGUACGAAAGUGCUCACGAUGUAGUGCCAGCAGUACACCAACAUUCUUUCAGCACAUCUCAUGUUGAACAGCCACAGAAAGUAGAGUCCAUUCACAUUUCCUUCCCUAGCUCCACGGUAUCACCCGCCUAUCAGCAAGUUGAAUAUCAAGCUCCUGAGAUCCAAGUAGUCUCAAAGGGUGAAGAAUAUUUACCUCCCGUAGUAUCUACAAGCGCACCUGUUGUAAAAUCGACUUACAGACCUAGAACUUACUCCACUGUUUCUACAACUCGGGAGUAUCUACCACCAGCAGAACCCAAAUAUGAAUACCUGCCACCUUCUACCACUGCUAGACCCAUCAUCAAAUCCACUACACCAGCCUACAGAGCAGAAUCUACGACAUCUUACAAAGCUUCAGAAUAUUUACCUCCUGUAGAGAAUACUGAAUCUAAACUAGUUAAUUUCGAAAGCUUUGGUUUCAAUGAGGCGAGCGCUGACUCAAAGAUUCAACACAAUCCUUAUCAAGAAAUAUCUAUAUCCCAUAAUGCUGCUCCUGUAGAAAGAAAACAUAACAUCGUGGUAGAAACUGCUAAAUCUCAUUUACUUGGUUUCGGAACUGUCGGGCCUGACGCUGGAGAGUAAAAUCAACAGCAGGCCAGCGUAUAAAUACAGCACCACCCCUGAGUACCAGGCUCCAGAAUACUUGCCACCUUCAGAUGAUUUGGAAUCUGAAGUCAACUAUGAAAGUUUCAAAUACAACGAACAACAAUCUGAAAUUAAAUUCAAUCCAUAUCAAGAAGUUACUGUGUCAUCCACCUCAGCCCCAGUUCAAAGGAAACAAAACAUUGUGAUUCAAACAGCUAAAUCUCAACAACUUGGGUUCGGCACGAUAGGCUCUGAUGCUGGACUCGUUGCUCCUGUCUCAUACACAACCUCGGCACCAAUUGUUGUAUCUAGCACCGAAACUUACUCGUACUCGCCGAAGACAGUUACGUCUACAUACGCCCCCAUUGAGCAAGGUUUAUUCGAAGUUAUAUCGCCCGCAGUACCCGCAAGAAGAACAAAACCUAAAGUAGCCGUUGUAACAAAAAUCAAUGAUUUCAACCCGUUCCUCGUCCGUAAACUAGGAGCUGUGUGCAGCUGCCAGUCCCCAGUUUUAAUAUUGAAAGGAAAGAGGCCAACUCAGGCUCCUCAGGAUCUUGGUGACUACAAUGACUACGAAAGUGCUGAACGCGGAGAUAUUGGCGAAGAAGGUUACGGUGACAGAUAUAGUAAAUUACAAUCACAAGUAGAUGCGGUUGCCACCGCCGCUCCAAUUGUAUCCUCCACGUUCAACCCCAUAAUUGUUCCCGACGAUUCUUUCUAUCAAGACUAUCAGGAGCAGAGUGGAUAUAAUGUAGCUGUUACGCCUAAGCCCAAGACAGUAUAUUCUGAAAACUAUGUAUCAAGUACACCCACCUUGGUUUCGUCCACAGAAAAGUAUAUUAGAGUUAGACCUCGCGUUAAGGCUGUUACCGUUGCUCCAACAUACAAAACUGUGUUGUUGAAUCAAGAAGUUACACCAACUACAAUUGCUAAAGACGAAUCUGUUUCUGGAUCUGCGAUCGAUUCUCAAGCAUUUGACCGAUACGGUCCUGGUGGAUGGAGAAGCAGAGACGAGACGUUGCAAGGUUCGGUCGACUGUCAGCGGGCUGGUUUGUUCAGACAUCCGAAACAGUGCAACAAGUUCUACGCGUGUAGAUGGGACUGUACCAAACAGAGGUUCACGCUUCACGUGUUCAACUGCCCAGUGCAAUUGAGCUUUGACCCCAGCAUAGGCGCAUGUAACUGGCCCAGUCAGGGCCCCGCGUGCCAGGGAGACACACUCCUUACCAACGUUCUAUAA